UAAUUUAUUUAGAUUCAGAUACAUUCCAUGAACUUUAUCCUCGAGAUUAAAUCCGUGUUAUCGUGGUUGUACUUUUGCAUGUACAGGAUUAGUCAGUUCGCACUCUCGCCGUUUACAACGCUAUCUAACAUGUAUGCAAGAACUAUGCCGCCGACCGACCACAGCUGUUUGACUGGAGAUUCGAGCAGUGUGCCACGCAAACAAGUGAAGGGUGAUUGAUGAUUGCAGGCGAACCCAGCCCGACCAUUGAGAGGGCGUUUCACCGGUUUUCAUAUCAUUGUUUCGCGAGCAUUACAGACCCAACCUGCCUGCCAGCCUACUGUGAUCACAUUUCCUUCAGACGAUUGUUUCCGUUUCGCCGUUGGGUGUGAUUCCAUAAAAAAAUCAUUUGAUUGAUCAAUUAUGGCAUGAAAUCGGAAUGGAAUAAUUUUGCGCGAUUUUAAUUCCAGGUCAAUGGGAGUUUAAAUGGUAUUGUUGGUCUGUGAUAAUCACAGUCUGGCUUGUUUUUGACGUGUCUGUGUUCUAAACUGGUUUUUCGGAAUCCCCGCCAGGAACUAGUUGUUUAUCCGAGAUAUAAAUACCGGCCAUAGGACAUCAAAUCGCGAACAAUCUGGUCAGGUGCGCGUCCUUCCAACAGUCAACAGGCGUUUACCUUCGGAAAUUCGUAGCUACUUUCCUUUCGAUAAGUGGCGAGUGGUCGAAAUCACAACUGUCAAAUUUGCGAAGUAAAACACCAACAAGUCGUGUAAUCCCAAUCAGAACAAGAAAGAUGCUAGUAGGAUCGUGGCUACUGUUCUGGUUAUUGGCCGUAGGCGAGAGGGUAAGCGGUCAGCAGCCGACUUUUGGCAAACAACUUAAGGCGGUUACGCAGUGGAAAUCGUUGGAUUUCGUGUUUUCGUCUCCGACGGAACGAGCCGAAGCCAUCGCAUCCGGACGGUUUAUUCCGGCAAAUUGCGUUCCGUUGGAUAUGGAGGUUGAUUACAAUAGCAGCCCACUUCGGUCCAGAAUCUUCGUGACGGUACCUCGGUUCAUAGAAGGAAUUCCGGUUACACUCGGGACGAUCUCUUCGCAGCAGGGAGUCAGUGGACCGUUGAUUGAACCAUACCCGAAUGCAGCGAUUCAGUCAAAUCCGGAGAAUCGAAGGUGCGACGGGAUCGUGUCGGUGUUCAGAACCACGAUCGAUGAAUGUAACCGACUGUGGAUUGUGGAUACUGGCAAGAUCGGAGAUCGCCGGAUAUGUUUGCCGAAAAUAGUGGCGUUUGAUCUUCGUAGCAAUCAGAUCAUUCAUCGAUACGAGAUUCCCGCCGAUCAGCUUGUGUGUGAUGUCUCGCUUCUAGUUAACAUUCUUGUCGAAGUUCGUGAUCCUCCUCCGACGGGUGCAUGCUCAAAAACCAUGGCUUACGUAGCCGAUGUCACCGCCUUCGGGCUGAUAGUGUACGACAUGUCUCGGGGCAAAUCUUGGCGUGUGACCAACAAACUUAUGAACCCCAAUCCCGACUAUGGCACGUUCACCAUAGCCGAUGAAAGUUUCGAUCUGAUGGACGGGAUACUGACCAUGGCUCUCAGUCCUCGCGUUCAAUUCCCAGAUUUUAGCUUCAAUUCGGCUUACCGUGGCUCGCGAACUUCUUACAGUUCUGUACUUCAGAACGAUCGGUUACUGUUCUUCCAUGCGCUGGCAUCGAUAUCGGAAAAUGCCGUUCGGACGUCGGUUCUGCAAAACAACACCGCAUGGGAACAGGAUGUCGGUGCGAUGCCCCGUGCUUUCCGGGUUAUCGGAAGGCGCACAUCGCAAAGUGCUCCGGAGGCCAUGGAUAGCAAUGGAAAUCUGUUCUUCGGCUUGCUAAGCCAGACGGCGAUUGCAUGCUGGGAUUCAACUACAAAUUACAACCCUCACAACUUCCGGAUAGUUGCGCAGAACCUGGAAACGUUGCAGUUUCCCAGUGGAUUGAAAGUAAUUCGCAAUCGCAAGGGAGUGGAGGAACUGUGGGUUCUGAGCUGUCGAUUUCAGAAGAUUAUGGCCGGUACGUUGAAUACCAACGAAACCAAUUUCCGUAUUCAAGCCAUGCAGAUUCCCGAACUGCUCGAUGGGUUGCGAUCGUGUUCGAGCAGACGAUAGACGGGUGGUUACUAGUUUCUGUAAGUCUCUGCUGUAAGUAAAUGUGAGUCAUAUUAGAUUGUAAGGAAACAUUUGGA